GUGGUGGUGGUGGUGGUGGAGUUUUUGCUAAUAAGACAAGUGGUUUCUUGAUCUCUGAUGAUCUGAGGAUGGUGCCUAAUGUGGCGGGUUCGGUUAUGCGAACGCUCGGAAAUCUUGGUGUUUCGGAUACGGAAGGGGCCGAGUUAAGGGUUGUGACUUUCGGAUUCAAUGAGAUUAUGGAUUUGCUGAAAGGGUCGCUACUCUCCUCAACUCCACUAACCGAUAUCGUACUCGGUAAACAACCGACGGACUCUGCGUCAGCAGUAUCUGAACCAGCGGUUUCGACCCGUGAACCGACGGAGAAAGAAACGACAUCCGUCUCCAAGAAGGUCGUGAAUUUGAAAUUGAUGGUGCAAGAAUCUACAAACAAGUUAUUGUUCGCUCAAGCGGAGAGUGACUUCGUAAAUUUCCUUUCUAGUUUGCUAGCUAUUCCUCUCGGAGGAGCCGAGUAUCUUUUAGGGAGUCGGAAUUGUUUUAAAAGUAUAGACAAUUUACACGGGAGCAUAGUGGAUAUUAUCGAUGCAAAGUAUUUGGCAACUCCUUACAUGAAAAGCAGGCUAACGAAACCGAUGUUGGCGUAUGGUUACAUGUCCGAAAAUCGGAUUCUUCCACUCGGCGAAGAAAGUUUCCGUCGACUAUUGUACUACAUACGUGCUUGCCCGGAUAAAGAAUGGUUGACUUAUACCACCAAUGGAUAUGGUGGUUGGCCUAUUGGGAUUGAUACACCGAAAGUCCAUAGAGAAUAUGUUAAAGGACCAAUUAUGUAUAUGGUGACCGAUGAUUUGACCGUCACUCCCUUGUGCAUGACCUCAAGCCUUUCGAUUAUGAAAGAACUGAAAAUUUCCAUGUCUGAUGUUAAAGAAAUCGAAAUUCAAAUUGGAUUGCAAGAGGCUUUGAGCAUAUUGAGGGCAUCUCUUACAUCGACUUCUGCUCUGACCGAUGGUCUGAUGAUUAAUCCCGUGUUGAAGAAAUGAAGAAAGCAAGAACAUUAAAUGUUGGUCUAGUCAUCGAUAAACCGGUGCUAUUGUUUUGUAUUCUGAAUGUUUCUUAGCAGAUUCUUAGUAUUAUGGUUAUAUUGUGAAGAAAGUUUUGAUCUUGCACAUUAUGUCAAGUUUCUUCUGUCCAAUUCUUGGAAGGCUGAAGAAUAUGUGAGGGUGCUUUCUUUAUCUU